AUGUCUCAAACAGGCCCUCAGAUCAUCUUUGGCACAGCAUCCAUUGGAUACGGCUCUCUUACCGAAGAAGAUGCUGUCAAGCAAUUCCUUCAGGUAGCUUCUGACAAUGGUGUUAAGCAACUUGAUACCGCUGCGAGCUAUCCUACCGAGGAAGCUACUGGCCAGACUGAGGUUCUCCUCGGAAAGGUCAAGUCCGGCGAUGAAGAAUGGGUGAUUGACACUCGAGUCGCCAUCAGCCGUAACCUCCAAGGCGCUUUGGCACCUGAGGCUAUUGAGAAGAGCUUGAACACCAGCCUGGAGAAGCUUCAUCAGAAUUCUGUGAAUGUUCUCUCUGCUCAUAUGCCUGAUCCUGCUACUUCCCUGGAAGACCAGGCGAGAGGCUUUGAUGAACAGUUCCGCCAGGGCAAGUUCAAGAAGCUUGGACUUUGCAACUGGCCUCUCAGCAUGAUUGAGAAGUACAUCGAAAUCUGUGAUGCCAAAGGCUACGUUAAACCCUCAGUCGCCCAAUACAUGUACAACUACAUCUGGCGCGGCACAGAGUCAACUAUUCUCCCCUUCCUCCGCAAGCACAACAUGUCUCUCCACGCCUACAGUCCCCUCGCAGGUGGUUUCCUUACCGGAAAGCCCACAAGCGGCGACACAGCAGGCACACGCUACGGCGAGCCUACUCAUCCUUUGACCAUCUACAAGUUCAUCUACGAUAAGGAGCCCUUUCACCAGGCUGUCAAGGACCUGUACAGUCUGAUCAAGGAUGGUGAGGUUGAAAGCACCUCUGAUGUUGCGAUUCGAUGGCUGUACUACCAUUCUAAGCUUGAGUCUCAGGAUGCAAUUAUUCUCGGUGGAUCCAAGACUGAGCACUUUGACAAGAAUGUUGCUGCUGUCAAGAAGGGACCUUUGCCUGAGGCUGUGCUGAAAGCUCUCGAGGGGCUGGGGGUUAGUGAUGCUGGCAUGGGUGAUGGAAAUGUGUUUGGCUCGGUUUUUGAACAGUAG